AUGGCAGUGAAUGGCAUGGCUCAACAUAUGGGGAUGCCAGCUCAGCCUUCAGCCGUAACUCCAUCACAUUCAGACAUACUCCUUUCCGACGAUAUGCUCAAAUCCCUCGUUUACAGCUACGGAAAUGAGGCGCAUUGGGUUCACUUUACCGUAGCUUGCUCUGAUCGGUGCUUAUGGCCCCAAACUUCCGCGACCGUCUCGUCGUAUCGCCAGCCAUCUCUGGACAUGCUCCACGACCUCUCUGUUGUAAUCGGAUAUGCGCAAGAAGCAACGGGUAAGGAUCCCUAUAUCAAAUACAUUCUCAGCCAGUUUCCAGGGAAGGGGACGUUAGAUGACUAUGUUCAACUUUUCGUCGAAGCCGUGGAGCAUUUUACAGGUACCUCAGGCAGUGGCAGCCAAAAUAUGAGGGGCUUGGCCUUGCGAUGGCAGAAAACUGAGGCUAGCAACAUUAAGCAAUACAUCAAACGCCUCGUGGCGAACUCCGCUCAGUCGAGCUUCCAAGAUACCCCUCCCUUGAGCGAUAUGCGGGAGGUUGAAGUCGUGGAUACACACAUACAGUUGGUACACUACUUGGAUACUGGUAGAGGCUUCUCGGAACCAUUGGCGCUUGGGGGGCCAUUACCAGAUUUCCUUACCCAAAACGGGCUUCUUCCAGGUCCUCACAAGACGGGGUACCUUGGAGAAGGUGUGAAGACAGCAAACGCUUGGAAAGAUGAGGAUAAGAGUGGGUAUUUGAGUUCUCAAUUUUCCCUAUACCACUCCCUGGACUCCCUUGAAUCCCUUAAACUGGCGGUCGUAAUUCUGAACGCGUUCGACCUCGCUAACCUUGGUGCCGUUCCAAUUCUCUGGACAAACAAUUUAUCUCAGCACCUGCUUCUUUCAUAUCACGCCAAGAAGCAUUACUUGGAAUUCUUCAAGAUUCUCAGCGCCCUCUCAGGGAGUCCAGAGAAGUUCCUGAGGGAUGUAAGAAUCUCAAGCGACCUAAUGGAGGAGAUCCGGUUAUCGUAUGCAAACCUCUUCAAUUCAACAAAGCCUUCACCCCUACACAGAUAUCUAGGGCUUACUAUCGGGCUUAGAUUUUGGUGUCGGUGUCUCUCUUGUUCAUCGAGAAAGGUAACGGAUCGCCAAUUGAGAAUUUUGAAGAUAGGGUCGGCUACACUUGGUGAUAUCAAACACCCAGACUCAACACGGCCGGGAUAUGAUCCAGCCUUAAAAAUCCGAAUAUACGCCAAAUCCAAUCGCUGGGACCAGACCGAGUUCGAAAACCUUUGGCCUCACACAAUUGCAUCGAAUGCGCAUCUAUCUGGAUCGAAACCAUGGAGCUUCUGCGUGAUAUUCCGACAUCGCCGUGAUUCAGUACACUUUUGGACUUUCUUAUCUUACUACGAAUCAAAUUGGGGACUAUCAUUUUGUUUUGACCUUCAUACAAGUCGCCCUCGGUAUCGCUCAAGUCCUUCGAUCUUUCGAAUGAUUUGUCAAUACCAUUUGAAGGCAAAAGGCGCAAUGAAGGCUACUUUGCAUACAGAUUAA